GCGAAACAGUGAGAGAAGAUAUAGAGAUGGGUGUGGAGAAGCAAGUGAUCAGACCCGGCACCGGUCCCAAACCCGCUCCGGGUCAAACCGUCACCGUCCAUUGCACCGGAUUCGGGAAAGGUGGUGAUCUGUCCCAGAAGUUCUGGAGUACAAAGGACGAGGGGCAGAAACCUUUCUCGUUCCAAAUCGGUAAAGGUUCUGUGAUCAAAGGAUGGGAUGAAGGCGUCAUUGGAAUGCAAAUUGGAGAGGUUGCUCGCUUGCGGUGCUCACCGGAUUACGCAUACGGCGCUGGUGGAUUUCCGGCAUGGGGAAUCCAGCCAAACUCGGUUCUCGACUUUGAAAUCGAAGUACUGAGCUUGCAGUAAUGAUCUCCCCAGCUCCUAAACUGUGGGAAGAUUAUUAAUCUAUACUUGAAUGUUGAAUUAUUACAACCCUUUAUCUUUAUUGCUUCUGGGAUCGUGAUCAAACAAAACUUUGUGAUGUCAUUGCUCUUCUAAAAAACUCUUGGACCACGUUUUUAUCUAAAUAAAAGACCCGUCUCGUG